AUGGCAUCUGUGAGCGAUGUUCUUACGCUCGUAAGCUCUUUGGCUCUUCGCCUGAGCAUAUGGAUCUUCCUGCGAUGGAUACCCACGACCAUCGUUCCUGCACUUGCAACUGCGCUCACGCUCGUCUACAUCCCCUCUUUCUUCACCAGCUUCCAGGACACGGCGCAGUACAAGAUUAUAUCCGAUGAACUCGACAUCAUCGUGAAGGAGACUGUUGGAGGACGCGGCGACGACUCUAGCGAAGAAGUACAACUCAUCGACGGUGCAGAUGAAGGGCCACUGAAGGAGCUUGACGUCGAGGAGACUAUUCAAUAUGAAGAGAGGGAACCCAAAGUGCUGCGCACACUGCUCACUGGGCUUCCAAGCCCUUCAUCAGCCAUGUGGAGCUGGAUCACCUUUGGCAUCAACAUGGCCUUGAUUGCCAUGGCUCUGGACGUGGUCUAUCGCGCCCCGCUACUUCACCAAUGCCAUGAUGCAAGUUUUGCGCGUGUCGGAUACGUAUCUGAGAACAGCGCAAAGAUCUUGGUACGCGAGCCGUAUGCCUUCGACGUAAAGGUCCUCUAUCGCUCGAUCGAUGGUACCGAACGGUCGUGGAUGCACAAGACGCACCACGCCAGCCAACCCGAAUACUGGCUGACCAAUGAGACCGACUUCACAACUGUCAUGAACAUCGAGCACCUACGACCCGACCUGCCGUACGAGUACAUCGUCGAGACUUCGCGUGGGAACAUUACGGGCACCUUUACAACCGCCCCACGACCAGGCCGCAUAUCGAUGCUGAAAGACAACAAAUAUACCUUCGUUCACUCCAGCUGUAUCAAGCCUCGCGUCCCAUACACACCAUUUCAACAUCCCCUUGAGUUCCCAGGCAUGAAACACCUUGCACGAUGGCUGCCAGAACUUAAGCCAUACUUUAUGCUUUUCCUUGGCGACUUCAUCUACGUGGACGUGCCACACCGCCAAGGCAGCGAUGUUGAGACAUACAGACGCGAGUACCGUCAGGUCUAUUCAUCGCCUUCAUGGCCGGCAGUGAGCGAAAAUCUGCCUUGGAUUCAUGUCAUUGACGAUCACGAGAUCCACAAUGAUUGGAACAGCAACAUGACGGGCGUAGCGGUUCCAGCGUACGAUGCCUUCACACACUACAACGCAGCUCCCAACCCACCUCCUCACCGCGAAGGAGCCACCUACUUCUCAUUCACCCAAGGUCCCGCCGAGUUCUUCCUUCUCGACACCCGCCGAUACCGUACUCCUGCGAGCAAGGACGCUUCCGAUCCCUCAAAGACUAUGCUUGGAGCUCAGCAACUCUCCGACCUACUCGCUUGGAUUCAAAAAGUGCCACCUCCAGGUGUUCACUGGAAGUUCAUUGUGACUGGCACACCCUUUACAAAGAACUGGCAGUUUGGGUCUGAAGACACUUGGGGUGGACAUCUGUACGAGCGUAGACGUAUACUGGAAGCUGCAUGGGACCUUUCUUCUACGCAUGACAUCGGCGUUGUAGUUCUUAGCGGUGACCGCCACGAGUUCGCUGCUACUUCUUUCCCACCACCCAAGGAUGGCAAGUGGCCCACUAGCGCUACAGUACAUGAGUUCAGCACAAGUCCCUUGAGCAUGUUCUAUUUGCCCUUCCGGACUUACAAGGAGACUGAUGACGAAGACGUGUGUCUCAAGUACCUUCCAGAUGGAAACAGCAAGUUUGGUGCUGUGGAGAUUACAACACCCGAACACGGUGAGCAGAGCUUUGUCAACUACCGGCUAUUCAUCGAUGGCAAUGAGGCUUGGACGCAUUCCAUUAGCACGCCGCCGGGAAGGAGUGGAAGUCAUCGAGCGAAGGAUGCUGUCUGGGGAUAA